AUGGUCGCGCCGGCCCGCGACCUGGGCGGCCUGGAGCCGGCCUGGAGGCUUUUUAAGGGUGUGUCGGGUGCCAUGGCUACCAUGGCCGGCCUUCCCUGGCCGGACAUCUGCACCCCGGCGCUGCUGCAGGCUCUGGGCUGGCGGGGCUUGGGCCCAUUGCGAACGCUGUGCCGCUCCAGCCGUGCGCAAGCGGAGGCGCACGCUGAGGAGACGGUGCCGAGCAGGGACGCGGAGGUGCGCGGCAUCUUCCGUGCCGUGGCCGGCGCGGCAAAAACUGCCGCCGGCUCGGAGCCUGCGGAGCAGCUGCGCGCGGCGAAGACGAUGCGGCGGAGUGCCUGGCGCGUCCUGAAAAUCCUCCAGGUCGUUUGGACGCCAGAAGCCGGGAACUUCGAUGUGCAGGACAUGUCUGGGCUGGAUGCCGGGCAGCUUUUCGAGGUCAUGGCGAGGGAGCUGCAACAACAUGCCCCCGCUUGCCCCGCUGAGCACAUCCUCGCGGCUCGCAGGGCGCUGCAAGCCGCUCGCAGGGUGGAGGAGUUUUUCUACUUGGAGGAUGAGGAGGACGAUUCCUUUGCAGUGGUGUCCAGGGCCACGGGGACGCGCCCUUUUUUCGUCCCCGAGGAAGAAGGCGAAGUGCCGGCUCGUCAGGCCGAGCCAGGCCUGGGCCUGGAGGUCCGCCGCCUAUUCGAUGAGCUGGCGAGGGCGGCCCAGCAAGCCGCCGAGUCGCCCGCUGCGUGGCAGCCAGCGGGGCUGCGCCACGUGGCGCAGGCCAUCCGAGGGCCCGCGGCACGCGUCCUGGAGAUCCUCCGAGUGGAGCCGGGCGAUGACGUGGACGUUGCGGACCUCAACGGACUGGGCCCCGGGCAGCUGCUGGAGGCGCUGUCGCCGGAGCUGCAGCGGCACGCCACGGCGCCCGCAGGUGGCAGCAGACCCGCUGCCGAGGCUCGGCGGGCCUGGGCCCUCACUGCCGGCAGAGUGCUCGACGUCUCCCGGCGGCUGGAGGAGGUGGGCCAGCUGGAGCCUCAGGCGGAGGCGAGUGAGGCAUCCGCAGAUGAGCAAUCGGAUGUUGCCACGCAGCCCACGCUGGAGUCGGGGACAACGCUGGAUGCGGCCGCCACUUCCGGCUGGCUGGUGCCUAGCUCGAGCGGUGGGCCCGAGAUCCUUGGCCGCGUGGACGAGGAGCGUGAGCUGGCCGGAGAGGAUGAGUUUUGCGUUGCGGUAGCUCAGCGCAUUGUGCUGCAGCGGCAACUCCUGCGCGCCAAAAUCAGAACAUGUCCGGCAGGGCAUGAGCUUGAGGAGCGGGAGGAUAGGAGAGCCUGCGACCUUUGUGCGGGGCAGAGAUUAACGGGGUGUGAUCAUGAUCGAGACGUGGCCGUGGUCUUGCACAAUCUCGGCCAGUUGCUGCGGCAGAAAGGAGACCUGGAGCAAGCCGAGGAGCACCUGAAGGAGGCACUGAGGAUGAUGAAGUCCGUCUAUGGUGGUGCCGACGAUGCCAGCGUUGCAGUCACUUUGCAUGAGCUGGGCAUGGUGCAGAAGAAGAGAGGAGACCUGUAUCAUGCAGAGGAGCACCUGAACGAGGCUUUGAGGAUGAAGAAGUCUGUCUAUGGUGGUGCCGACCAUGUAGAGGUUGCGGUCACUUUGCAUGCGCUGGGCAUGCUGCUGAAGCAGGAAGGAGACCUGGACCAAGGCGAGGAGCACCUGAAGGAGGCACUGAGGAUGAAGAAGUCCGUGCAUGCUGAUGCCGACCAUGUAGAGGUUGCGGUCACUUUGCAUGCGCUGGGCAUGCUGCUGAAGCAGGAAGGAGACCUGGAGCAAGCCGAGAAGCACCUGAAGGAGGCUUGGAGGAUGAAGAAGUCGGUCUAUGGUGGUGCCGACCAUGUAGAGGUUGCGGUCACUUUGCAUGCGCUGGGCAUGCUGCUGAAGCAGGAAGGUGCAAACGUGGACGUGAGCCGAUGCUGCGGGCGAGAAGUGGAUGGGAAGUCGGGGUCUAGUGUCAGCGCCAGGCGCCAGGCGCCAGGCCAGGCGCAGCGGGGCAACAACCCGGUGGCGCCAGCCGGCGCGGCAGGCGCAGACGAGGCAGCAAUCGCCACAGAAAACGCCGGCAAUCACACCAAAGACUGGAAGGACGUCCUGGCCAUGGCCAUGGCCGGCCUUCCCUGGCCCGACAUCUGCACCCCGGCGCUGCUGCGCGCUCUGGGCUGGCGGGGUUCGGACCCAUUUCGAAUGCUGUGCCGCUCCAGCCGUGCGCAAGCGGCGGCGCACGCUGAGGAGACCAGGGACGCGGAGGUGCACGGCAUCUUCGGUGCCAUGGCUGGCGUGGCCCAAAGCGCCGCCGGCUUGGAGCCUGCGGAGCAGCUGCGCCUGGCGGGCGGUUUGCGGCAGAGGGCGCUGUGCGUCCUGGAGAUUCUGCGGGCGCCGAGCUGCGCCGACCUCUACGUCCGGGACAUGUACGGGCUGGACGCCGGGCAGCUGUUCGAGCUCAUGUUGCGGGAGCUGCAGGCCAUGCCACCCGCGUCGGCUCAGAUCCUCAGGGCUCGCAGGGCGCUGCAAGCUGCCCGCAGGGUCGAGGAGUUUCACUAUGCCGAGGAGAGUGUGCCUUACCCAGUGGUGUCUGCAGCUGGGAGGUUGCGCCCAGCUACGCGCCCCGCCAUUUUCAUCACAAGCGAAGGAAGCGAUGCGCCCGAGUCUGCCCAGUCCGAUGAUCUUGUGGCGCCUACGAUGGAUUCUGGGACGACGCUGGAUGUGGCCACUUCUUCCUUUGGACCCUUUAGGCUGGAGGGAACGACGCAGACAGGGGCGGCCAUGCAGAGCUCGAGCGGUGUGCUUGAGAUCCUUCCCCAAGUAGAGGAGGAGGAUUCUCCGGAGCUGGGCGGAGAGGAUGAGGCUCUCGUUGCGGUAUCUCAGCACAUUGCGCUGCAGCGGCAACUCCUGCGUGCUGGAAUCAGAACAUGCCCGGCAGGGCAUGACCUUCAGGAGCGGGAGGAUAGGCCUGCAAGCUGCGACCUUUGCGAGGAAGAGAUUAAAGGGGUGAGCUUGUGCUGUGUCCAGUGCAACUGGGACAUAUGCCAAGAGUGCGCUGGCCCGGCUGGCCUUCCACAUGCUGACGAUGCAGAUGAAGUUGUGCCCCAAAGGGCUGCUUGGUCGAUGUUAAAGAGGCAAAGUGGAAUGCUGCGGGAGAAGGGCGAUCUCCCCGGAGCUGCAGCGCUCUUGGAGGCAGGCCUCAAACGACUGCGGCCAGGUGGCCAGGAUUUUGAUGAUCCAGAGGUGGCCUACAGCUUCUUGCACAUGCUCGGCCAGUUGCUGAAGCAGAAAGGAGACCUGGAAAAAGCCGAGGAGCACCUGAAGGAGGCACUGAGGAUGAAUAUGUCCAUCUAUGGUGGCGCCGACCACGCGAACGCAGCCACUCUGCAUGAGCUGGGCGUGUUGAUGAACCAGAAAGGAGACCUGGAGCAAGGUGAGGAGCACCUGAAGGAGGCGCUGAGGAUGAAGAAGUCCGUCCAUGGUGAUGCCGACCAUGCGACCGUUGCGUUGACUUUGCAUGAGCUGGGCAUGUUGCUGAAGCAGAAAGGAGACCUGGAACAAGCCGAGGAGCACCUGAAGGAGGCACUGAGGAUGAUGAAGUCCGUCUAUGGUGGUGCCGACAAUGAGUCAGUAGCUGUCACGUUGCAUGAGCUGGGCGUGUUGCUGAAGCAGAAAGGAGACCUGGAACAAGCCCAGGAGCACCUGAAGGAGGCGCUGAGGAUGAUAAAGUCCGUCUAUGGUGAUGCCGACCAUGUAGAGGUUGCGGUCACUUUGCACGAGCUGGGCGUGUUGCUGAAGGAGAAAGGAGACCUGGAACAAGCCGAGGAGCACCUGAAGGAGGCACUGAGGAUGAUGAAGUCCGUCUAUGGUGGUGCCAACAAUGAGUCAGUAGCAGUCACGUUGCAUGUGCUGGGCGUGUUGCUGAAGCAGAAAGGAGACCUGGAGCAAGGUGAGGAGCACCUGAAGGAGGCACUGAGGAUGAAGAAGUCCGUCCAUGGUGAUGCCGACCAUGUGAGCGUUGCAGUCACCUUGCAUGAGCUGGGCAUGUUGCUGGAGCAGAAAGGAGACCUGGAUCAAGCCGAGAAACACCUGAAGGAGGCGCUGAGGAUGAUGACAGCCGUCUAUGGUGGUGCCGACAAUGAGUCAGUAGCAGUCACGUUGCAUGAGCUGGGCAUGUUGCUGAAGCAGAAAGGAGACCUGGAGCAAGCCGAGCAGCACCUGAAGGAGGCGCUGAGGAUGAAGAGGUCCGGCUAUGAUGGUGCCGACCAGGUAGAGGUUGCGGUCACUUUGCACGAGCUGGGCGUGUUGCUGAAGGAGAAAGGAGACCUGGAACAAGCCGAGGAGCACCUGAAGGAGGCACUGAGGAUGAUGAAGUCCGUCUAUGGUGGUGCCAACAAUGAGUCAGUAGCAGUCACGUUGCAUGUGCUGGGCGUGUUGCUGAAGCAGAAAGGAGACCUGGAGCAAGGUGAGGAGCACCUGAAGGAGGCACUGAGGAUGAAGAAGUCCGUCCAUGGUGAUGCCGACCAUGUGAGCGUUGCAGUCACCUUGCAUGAGCUGGGCAUGUUGCUGAAGCAUAAAGGACACCUGGACCAAGGCGAGGAGCACCUGAAGGAGGCACUGAGGAUGAAGAAGUCCGUCUAUGGUGGUGCCGACAAUGAGUCAGUCGCAGUCACUUUGCAUGAGCUGGGCAUGUUGCUGAAGCAGAAAGGAGACCUGGAGCAAGGCGAGGAGCACCUGAAGGAGGCGCUGAGGAUGAUGAAGUCCGUCUAUGGUGGUGCCGACCAUCCGACCGUUGCCGUGACUUUGCAUGAGCUGGGCACGUUGAUGAACCAGAAAGGAGACCUGGAGCCAGGUGAGGAGCACCUGAAGGAGGCACUGAGGAUGAAGAAGUCCGUCCAUGGUGAUGCCGACCAUGCGACCGUUGCCGUGACUUUGCAUGAGCUGGGCACGUUGAUGAACCAAAAAGGAGACCUGGAGCCAGGUGAGGGGCACCUGAAGGAGGCACUGAGGAUGAAGAAGUCCGUCCAUGGUGAUGCCGACCAUGCGACCGUUGCGUUGACUUUGCAUGAGCUGGGCAUGUUGCUGAAGGAGAAAGGAGACCUGGAGCCAGGUGAGGAGCACCUGAAGGAGGCACUGAGGAUGAAGAAGUCCGUCCAUGCUGAUGCCGACCAUGCGACCGUUGCGGCGACUUUGCAUGAGCUGGGCAUGUUGCUGAAGCAGAAAGGACACCUGGAGCAAGCCGAGGAGCACCUCAAGGAGGCACUGAGGAUGAUGAAGUCCGUCUAUGGUGGUGCCGACAAUGAGUCAGUAGCUGUCACGUUGCAUGAGCUGGGCGUGUUGCUGAAGCAGAAAGGAGACCUGGAACAAGCCGAGGAGCACCUCAAGGAGGCACUGAGGAUGAUGAAGUCCGUCUAUGGUGGUGCCGACAAUGAGUCAGUAGCAGUCACGUUGCAUGAGCUGGGCGUGUUGCUGAAGCAGAAAGGAGACCUGGAACAAGCCCAGGAGCACCUGAAGGAGGCACUGAGGAUGAAGAAGUCCGUCUAUGGUGGUGCCGACAAUGAGUCAGUAGCAGUCACGUUGCAUGAGCUGGGCGUGUUGCUGAAGCAGAAAGGAGACCUGGAACAAGCCGAGGAGUACCUGAAGGAGGCACUGAGGAUGAAGAAGUCCGUCCAUGGUGAUGCCGACCAUGUGAGCGUUGCAGUCACCUUGCAUGAGCUGGGCAUGUUGCUGGAGCAGAAAGGAGACCUGGAGCAAGCCGAGGAGCACCUGAAGGAGGCACUGAGGAUGAAGAAGUCCGUCCAUGCUAAUGCGACGGUGACUUUGCAUGAGCUGGGCAUGUUGCUGAAGCAGAAAGGAGACCUGGAGCAAGCCGAGAAACACCUGAAGGAGGCGCUGAGGAUGAUGAAGUCCGUCUAUGGUGGUGCCGACAAUGAGUCAGUAGCAGUCACGUUGCAUGAGCUGGGCGUGUUGCUGAAGCACAAAGGAGACCUGGAGCAAGGUGAGGAGCACCUGAAGGAGGCACUGAGGAUGAAGAAGUCCGUCCAUGGUGAUGCCGACCAUGCGACCGUUGCGGUGACUUUGCAUGAGCUGGGCAAGUUCAUGAAGCAGAAAAGAGAUCUGGAACAAGCCGAGGAGUGCUUCAAGGAGGCGCUGAGGAUAAAGAAGAAGACCCUCCAUGCUGGUGCCGACCAUGCGAACGUUGCGGUGACUUUGCAUGAGCUGGGCAUGUUGCUGAAGCAGAAAGGAGACCUGGAACAAGCCGAGGAGCACCUGAAGGAGGCACUGAGGAUGAAGAAGUCCGUGCAUGCUGAUGCCGACCAUGCGACCGUUGCGGUGACUUUGCAUGAGCUGGGCACGUUCAUGAAGCAGAAAAGAGAUCUGGAACAAGCCGAGGAGCACCUGAAGGAGGCACUGAGGAUGAAGAAGUCCGUCCAUGCUGAUGCCGACCAUGCGACCGUUGCGUUGACUUUGCAUGAGCUGGGCAUGUUGCUGAAGCAUAAAGGACACCUGGACCAAUGCGAGGAGCACCUGAAGGAGGCACUGAGGAUGAAGAAGUCCGUCUAUGGUGGUGCCGACAAUGAGUCAGUCGCAGUCACUUUGCAUCAGCUGGGCAUGUUGCUGAAGCAGAAAGGAGACCUGGAGCAAGCCGAGAAACACCUGAAGGAGGCGCUGAGGAUGAUGAAGUCCGUCUAUGGUGGUGCCGACAAUGAGUCAGUAGCAGUCACGUUGCAUGAGCUGGGCGUGUUGCUGAAGCAGAAAGGAGACCUGGAACAAGCCCAGGAGCACCUGAAGGAGGCACUGAGGAUGAAGAAGUCCGUCUAUGGUGGCGCCGACCAUGAGUCAGUCGCAGUGACCUUGCAUGAGCUGGGCAUGUUGCAGAAGCAGAAAGGAGACCUGGAACAAGCCGAGGAGCACCUGAAGGAGGCACUGAGGAUGAAGAAGUCCGUCCAUGCUGAUGCCGACCAUGCGACCGUUGCGGUGACUUUGCAUGAGCUGGGCAUGUUGCUGAAGCAGAAAGGAGACCUGGAGCAAGCCGAGAAACACCUGAAGGAGGCGCUGAGGAUGAUGACAGCCGUCUAUGAUGGUGCCGACCAUGCAGGGGUUGCAGUCACUUUGCAUCAGCUGGGCAUGUUGCUGAAGCAGAAAGGAGACCUGGAGCAAGCCGAGAAACACCUGAAGGAGGCGCUGAGGAUGAUGACAGCCGUCUAUGGUGGCGCCGACCAUGAGUCAGUCGCAGUCACCUUGCAUGAGCUGGGCAUGUUGCAGAAGCAGAAAGGAGACUUGGAGCAAGCCGAGGAGCACUUGAAGGGGGCACUGGGGAUGCAGAAGUCCGUCCAUGCUGAUGCCGACCAUGCGACCGUUGCGGUGACUUUGCAUGAGCUGGGCGUGUUGCUGAAGCAGAAAGGAGACCUGGAACAAGCCGAGAAACACCUGAAGGAGGCGCUGAGGAUGAUGACAGCCGUCUAUGAUGGUGCCGACCAUGCAGGGGUUGCAGCCACUUUGCAUGAGCUGUGCAUGCUGCUGAAGCAGAAAGCAAGCCGAGGAGCACUUGAAGGAGGCACUGAGGAUUAA